AUGGCCAUCGCCGUGCUCGAUGCCCUCGACAAUGCUCGGACACAAUGGUACCAUAUUACGGCCAUAGUCAUAGCUGGGAUGGGCUUCUUCACAGACGCCUAUGAUCUUUUCUGCAUCUCGACCGUGUCGAAGCUUCUCGGUCGACUUUAUUACUUUGAUCCAGAUAGUACUAAGCCUGGAAAACUUCCGAACCGAAUUAACAAUGCUGUCGUCGGAGUUGCGUUGGUUGGAACACUAGUGGGGCAGCUUUUCUUUGGGUGGUUAGGUGACAAACUUGGAAGGAAGAAAGUUUAUGGUGUUACCCUUAUUCUUAUGGCCUUCUGUGCAAUUUGCUCAGGGCUUUCUUUUGGGUCAACAUCAAAAUCAGUGAUAGGUACACUUUGUUUCUUUAGAUUUUGGCUUGGAUUUGGCAUUGGUGGUGACUAUCCACUUUCAGCCACCAUCAUGUCUGAAUAUGCUAACAAAAAGACUCGAGGGGCUUUCAUUGCAGCUGUAUUUGCCAUGCAGGGAGUGGGGCUAAUAUUUGCAGGGCUAGUAUCAAUGAUCCUAUCAAAAAUCUUCCUCUCCCUCCAUGAAGCUCCUUCCUACAAAAGCAACCCUGUAUUUUCAACACAACCUCAAGGAGAUUUCCUAUGGAGAAUUGUCCUAAUGCUUGGUGCUUUACCAGCCAUUUUGACAUAUUAUUGGAGAAUGAAAAUGCCUGAAACAGGACGUUACACUGCCUUAAUUGAAGGCAAUGCCAAGCAAGCUGCUGCAGACAUGGGAAAAGUUUUAGAGAUUUCAAUUCAAGCUGAGCAAGACAAACUUUCCAAUUUCAAAGCAGCCAAUGAAUAUGGUUUGUUGUCUAAAGAAUUCUUUCAACGUCAUGGACUUCAUUUGAUUGGAACUACCACUACUUGGUUCUUGUUGGACAUUGCAUUUUAUAGCAAUAACCUUACUCAAAAAGACAUAUUCCCAGCUAUGAAUUUGACAAAGAAACCUGAGGAAAUUAGUGCAUUGGAAGAAGUUUAUGAAACUUCUAAGGCUAUGUUUCUUGUUGCAUUACUUGGAACUUUCCCUGGAUAUUGGUUCACUGUGUUUCUUAUUGAGAAGCUUGGAAGGUUCAAAAUCCAAUUGAUUGGAUUCUUCAUGAUGUCGGUUUUCAUGGCUGUCCUCGGCGUUCGUUACAGCUAUAUGAAGAAUCAUCCUGCAGAGUUCGCCGUGCUUUAUGGCUUGACCUUCUUCUUUGCCAACUUUGGCCCUAAUAGCACCACUUUUGUCCUUCCCGCCGAGCUCUUCCCAACUAGGGUUCGGUCGACAUGUCAUGCGCUAAGUGCAGCAUCAGGUAAGGCUGGUGCGAUUGUUGGAGCUUUUGGGGUGCAAAACUAUACCUUAGAUGGAAACCCUAGCAAGAUUCAAAAGGCUAUGAUUUUCUUGGCCUUCACUAACAUGCUAGGGUUUGUGUUUACAUUCUUGGUGACGGAGACUAAAGGGCGGUCGCUGGAGGAGAUCUCCGGCGAGGACGGGGGAGUAGGCGCGGGUGAAAAUGAAACUCAAAUGCCAGUGAGAUCAAUGGGAAAGCCAGGAGGUCAAAUGGAAGAAUAA